AACUCAAACCCCUGACACACGCUCUCUCUUUCUGCGAAUCCUCGACGGUGGCCCAGAUUUAGAGGCUUCUCUACAGAAGUAACUGCUUUUUUCUUCUAAAUUUAAUAAAUCUUCAUCGGUGCUCAAUAAACACUCCUACUUCUUUCUCUCAAAAUUUUCUUUCUUAAUGUUCUGUGAAACUACAAGAUUCAAGAACAAAGCUCAGGUGAAUGUUGAUUUUGAAUCUAUUCUCUCUUUAAUGGGUGAGUUUUGUUCUUCCACUGCCAAUUUUGAAGAAAAAGUUGGUUUUUGAUUGGUAUGUUUCACAUUUUUGGUUGCAAAUACUUUGGUCAAAUUUUUAAUCUGGUCAACAUUGAUAUUCUUUUAUUUGUUCUUUAAAUUGAAUGUCUCAUAAGUAUCAUAGUAAAACACCAUUCACAUAGAAGUGCUAAUACAUACCAUCAUUAGCCUUCUAUUUGUCAUGUCGAAGGCUGAGCACAUGGGGUUUUCCCUAUAACAAGUGAGUGAGCAGAUGGAAAUGAUUCAUGCGCUACACAAAUUACAUCUGAGCAGAUGAACAAAUUUGCUGCUGAAUGUGCACAUAGUGAACUGCCUAAACUACAAGAUUACCCUAAUUCCGAAGGAUUGCUAAGUAAGCCUCAAGAGAUUAGUACUUCAGUAACCAACAUUCAUAUGAAUGAGAAAUUUUCUGGAGAUAUGAGCAGUAGUAGUGAAAUAAAUAAAGUUUCAUGCUCUCAGCAAAUUCUGUCAGAGCAGAAGAAUGAAUCUGCUGCUGAAUGCAUAUGCAGCGAACAAUUAGAAGUUGAGCCUCAUUUAGGUUCUGAAAUCAUACGUAAGGAACUCAAAGAAACCAACACUGUCAUUUGUAGUCCUGUUGAUAAUGAAAACUUGCAACCAGCUGCGGAAGAUGUGAGCAAGAGUAGUCAGACUGGUACCAAACAGACACUUGAGUUUGAUCUGGGAUAUGAGUGUGGUGAUUUCAAUCCUGAAUCUAUAUGUGGUGGACCAUUGGAACAGAAACACCAGCUUGCUUCUGGAAUCAUGCUAAAUGAGCCAGCAGACACUGAUGCCAUAAUAAUUAAUGGCGCUGUCAAUGAAACUCGGCAACUACUCAUGGAGGACAGCACCAAGAUUUGUCACACUAAAGGUGUGAACAUGAGUAUUCAGACUGGGGAAAAUUCAUAUUCUCAACAACCUACAUCAGAAAAGGCACUGGAGCUGACCGCUGGAAUCAAAAGUUGUGAACAAUCAGAAGUGAUUUAUAAAGCUAGUUGUGAACUUAUGAACCAAAGUUCUUCUAUUGAACAUUUAAAACAACCUGAUGAUCAUAUAAAGAUUCCUGCUGCUGAACAUUUGGAGCCAUCUUGUGAUGACAUGGUUAAAAAUUUUUUUCAUUCAGAGACACCGCCUAAAGAUGUGGUAAAUAACUCUAUUUGCUUGGGCCGCAAGGGAAAAAAAGCUUCAAAAUCAUUCAAGAAAAAAUAUAUGUUAAGAUCUUUAAGACGCAAUAAUAGAGUUCUUCACUCAAGUUCACAAGAGAAACCCAAAGCUCGUCGGCCAAGCAACAACUGGCCUGAUGUUAAGUCUAGUGGAGGAAAAAAAAUAAAGCGGAAGAGAAUAGAGAAGAAGAUAGUAGCUGAUGAAUAUUCAAGAAUCAGGAAACAUCUAAGAUAUUUAUUGAAUCGAAUUAGCUAUGAGCAAAGUCUGAUCUCUGCAUAUUCUGGGGAAGGCUGGAAAGGAUUGAAUGUUGAAAAAUUAAAGCCAGAGAAGGAACUUCAACGAGCCACAUCUGAAAUUCUUCGACGAAAAUUGAAAAUUAGAGAUUUAUUUCAACGUCUUGAUUCACUUUGUGCUGAAGGGCAGUUUCCAGAAUCUUUGUUUGAUUCUGAUGGACAGAUUGACAGUGAAGAUAUAUUCUGUGCAAAAUGUGGGUCCAAAGACUUGUCUAGCAAUAAUGAUAUCAUACUAUGUGAUGGUGCUUGUGAUCGCGGAUUCCACCAAUUCUGCCUGGAACCACCUUUGUUAGAAGAAGAUGUUCCUCCUGAUGAUGAGGGUUGGUUGUGCCCUGGAUGUGAUUGCAAAGUUGACUGCAUUGACUUUGUCAAUGAGUCACAAGGAACCAAUCUUUUUAUCACUGACAACUGGGAGAAGGUUUUUCCUGAAGCAGCUACAGCUGGACAUAAUCAAGAUCCCAACUUUGCAUUUCCUUCAGAUGAUUCUGAUGAUACUGAUUAUGAUCCUAAUGAACUACGAACUGAUGAGAUGGAUCAAGGAGAUGAAUCAAGUUCUGAUGAAUCUGACUUUGCUUCUGCAUCUGAUGAAUUGGAACCCUUAGCUAAUAAUGGGUACCUGGGGUUUCCUUCUGAUGAUUCAGAGGAUGAUGACUAUGAUCCAGAGGCUCCAGUCCACGAUGAGAAAAUUAGACAGCAAAGUUCUAGUUCUGAUUUUUCAUCUGAUUCUGAGGAUCUUGCUGCCGUUAUUGAAGAUAACAGGUCUUCUGGAAAUGAUGAAGGUGCUACAUCUGUUAGUCCUUUCAAAGAUUCGAAUGGGCAGAUAUCAAAAUGUGGUGGAAACAAAAAGUCUUUAAAUAAUGAGCUGUUAUCCAUAUUAGAAGCGCAGCAAGAUGGUUUAGCACAUGCUUGUGAAAAAAGAAGAAUUGAGAGGUUGGACUACAAAAAGUUAUAUGAUGAAACAUAUGGAAAUGUUUCUUCUGAUUCAAGUGAUGAUGAAGAUUGGACUGAUGAUUAUGGGCCAAGAAAAAGGUCGAAGAAAACUGGAGAGGUUCUCCAAUCUCCAAAUGGAAAUGCUCCCAUCCCUAGGAGUGGAAAGCAAAAAAGAGGAAUAAAACGAAACCAAAAAGAGACUGUACAAUGUCCUGACAGAAAAACUCGUCAAAAUUUGAACUCUGAAAAUACAAAUAAAUUACCAGCUAAAUCACAUGAAGGUUCCUCUACACCUAGUUCUAGUGGUAAAGCUGAGAGGUCAUCAUAUAGAAGACUGGGAGAAAAUGUGACUCAGAGACUGUACAAGUCCUUUAAAGAAAAUCACUAUCCUGACCGAACAACAAAAGAAACUUUAGCAAAAGAGCUUGGAAUUACUUUUUUGCAGGUUAGCAAAUGGUUUGAGAAUGCUCGCUGGAGUUUCAACCACUCAUCAUCUAUGGAUGCUAAACUGGGAAUAAGUGCUUCAGAAAAGAGCACCUUCACUUCUCAGUCGAACAAUAAACGAGGCAGAAGAGUUUCUGCUGGCAAUGGAGCUGAAGAUAAGGAAUCAUCUAAGGCAGUUCAUGAUACGGUAUGUAUCAGGGAGGAUAUAAUGAAUAGCAAAUUGUUGACUCGGGAAAGUUAUCGAAAAAAGUCUACAGCCCCAAAAUCUAGAAAUAGAAUGAGAAAGGGGAUAUUGGGUCAUCAGGCAUCAGAUGUCCCAUCUGAUUCACCAGAAGCUCAAGAAACACAGACAAGUGGCCGGAGCCGGACAAGAAGGAAAACCGUUGUUUGAGAAAACAACUGUUUCAUCUACCUAGGUUAACAAUUAAGACCAUUGGUCUCAUUCAAUAGCAAUAUCAUAUGAGAUGAGCAGAUGGCAUUGUAUUGAAGGCUACCUGCUAUCACAAAGGUGAUCCCAAGAUUAAAGGAAUUGUCGUUCUGUACUUUUAAUAGAUUCUUUGGGUUUUCCUCCUUCAGGUAAGUUGCUUAACCUAUUGCCAGGAUGCUAUAUGAAACUGCGCUUAAUCAAUCUGGCUCAUACUCAAUUUCAAAGUUUUGUUUUCAGAAAGCAUGCUUUAUGUGGUUAUUGGAUGUAUUCAAAACUUUGAACCAUGAACCACCUGCUCAUCUGAGCCAUGGACACAGUGCUUGUGAAGUCUGUUUCCAUGAACCUUGAAGAGUAGUGAGGCUGACGAAUUUUACAGUGUUAUUCUUUGGGUUUUGGUUGAGGUGUAGCAAAUGAUUAAUUGAUACUUACAGAUUAGGCAGCGUGGAUGACCACAGGGUUGCUGCAAAUUGUAGCACGGCAUUUAGAUCUUACAAAAAUUUAUAUUUAGAAGUGGCAAUUCUGUUACGGUUCCAUAAGGUAUUACUUUAAUGCUAGAUAGUAGAAACUAGGAACAGAACCCGGAGCUUAAAUUUAUUUGUUCAUUUUAUGUUCAUAUUGACAGAAUGAAGCGCCAUGUUUGAUGCCUUAAUA